GAUUCAUAGGAUUGGGGUUUAAUGGUUUUCGAAGAAAUCUGGGUUAAAGUGUGUUCGUGUGUUCUCUAAAUUUGAUUCACUAAACGUGGGUUUCGAAAAAUUGAAUUCUGUGUAGCUAUGAUCUUGUGGCAUAAGGCAAACUGAUUCCUGAAGUUGGAACAUCGUUCUCUGGUUCAGUAGAGAACCGACGAACACCCUUCCCCAUCUCCGACGAUGUUGUUUUUCUGCUUAGGACACAAGUUUGUUUUGUUUUUUUUCUCUUAAACUUUCAUACUUUCACACACUCAUAAGUUUACACACAUUACACAUAUAUAUAGGAGAUUUCUUCUACUCACCAUACCCACUCUCUUAGACCUUAAACUUAGUCACUAUUUAACCUUACUUCUAGACAUUAGACUUAGGGAUACAAGCAACCUUACACAACCUUACCUUAGCCACUAACAACCCCAACUACUCUACCUCAAGUACUUAGCUAGAAUAAGCUACUUCUACGAAUGGGCCACAACAAAACAUACUUCACCACUUUGGGCCUACACAACUUCAUCAGCCCAAUAAGAUAAAACAUAAAACCCACUUCUCUUGUCUUCUUCUUCUUCUUCUUCUUCUUCUUCUUCUCACGUCUCUCUCUUACGUCGUCUUCUUCUUCUAGUUUCCAAUCUUCUUGUUCUUCAUCAUUGUUGUUUCCUUCUCACUGAUGUUCUUCUUCUUCUUUGCAGGAUCAAUCGGAGAGUUCAAUCUCAACAGACGACCAUACCCUCGAUACAGUAGCUGCUCCGCUCAUCAACGUCCAUUUCGCCGCCUUUAGCCGUCAACGUUCUCUGGUUCUGUUGCCGUACAAAAUUCUUAAAGGUUAAUUAGAUAAGACCUAAAACGGCGACGUGUAAGCUGUCGUCUUCUUGACCUUUUUGGUGAACUCCUCCUUCCUCUCUAUCGGCUAUCGCUCGCUGCGUCUCUGUGUCUUGUUGCUUGGAGCAAGCUCUCCAGCGCUCAAGAAUAGAUAAAAUAAAAUUAUGGAUUCAGAUGCAUGGGAAAUUAUCCAUAUACCUGAAAAGCCUUCAUUGUCACCUGACCAUCAGCCCACUGUGAAGGUAUAUGCUAGCCUAAUCAAACCCAGAUUUGCCAAUACGAUAGUGAGGCAUUUAUGUAAGAUUGCUCCUCUAGAAGAUCUUCGUCAUGUUAAAAGGGUGAAGAAGAAGAUUCUGCCAGAUUGCGGUGAAACUCAGUUGACUGUCAUCUUAUGUCUAGCACCUGAGCACAACGAUCAGUUGAGUGACAUGCCACCUGAUGUGCAGAGACUCGUUGAUCCCUAUGAGUUGAGUCCUUUUAUUACACAAGUAUGCAAAUAUGCUGCGGUAUCCAAAGAAGAGUGGGAAGAACAAAGUAAGAUAUGGCCUACUUCAUUUCAUCCACCAACCUACAAUAUAGAUGGCAUCGGUGGGUUCAGCGAGGAGGAAACACAAUCAAUCUGCAAGUUCAUGAGAGUUGUUAUUGAUAUGGCAGUAUCUGGUCAUACACCACUUGUGAAUGCUGCAGUGAUAGUUGAUCCUUCAGUUAGGCGAAUAAUAGCUAGUGAAACUGAUCAAGUAUAUGCAUCAUCUGCUCCUCGUGACAUGACUAGCGCAGAGACCAGGCCCUUCGAGGAAACAGGGGAAAUAUGUUUAAAUGACACACUUGAAAAACAGAAUGGUUCAUUGUCUGCUCUUUCUUGUCUGAAUCCCUGGCAAUGGAGUUUGCAGCCGCAUGACACUGAAAAUUGUAGCCAGUGGCAUCCUCUUAGGCAUGCUUCCAUGGUUGCCAUUGAAUCCUCUUCUGCCAGAGAUAGAAAUCUGUUUCCCAAUCCAUCCAAGAUUUUUGAUCAGGAUCAUGUUCCGCCCUCAAAUACAGAUUCUCCGGCUAAAAAGCAGAAAACAAGCAGUCAGAGUCCAGACGUCCAAAAUGACAGCAGAGAAGAGACUGUUAGAGAUCCUUCAAUGGAAAGGCCGUACCUCUGCACUGGUUAUGACAUUUUCCUCCUGUUGGAGCCUUGUACAAUGUGUGCUAUGGCGCUUGUGCAUCAAAGAAUAAAACGGAUUUUCUAUGCUUUUCCAAACACCACGGCAGGUGGUCUCGGGAGUGUUCAUAGACUUCAAGGGGAAAAGAGUUUGAACCAUCAUUAUGCAGUGUUUAGAGUUUUGCUGCCUGAUGACGCACUUAGACAAAUGACCACGGUCUAAUGCAUUGUUGUAGUCGAUUGAUAAUCAGGUUCUGGGUGAGAAAGCUAAUUCUUUGUUCUUGUUCAUUCCAAGAAUCUGGAAUCUUAUUGAAUUAUUAUGUAGACCAAAAACUUUCGACUUCUAUUACUGUGUAUGGCUCAGUACUCUCUAGUCAGAAACUUGUGUUUUAGAGAAACAACAGAAUGCAAGAAACGAACCGUCACUAACCAAUCCUCACAUGAAAUAAUGCAUCUCUACUUACUGUAGUAUCAGGUCAUUGCAUGGCCCAACUGAAAUCAUUCUUGCACUGCGCUCUCUUAAUCUAACAACAGAGGAUUGACGAUUGCCGCCAUUCGAAAAUCGUCAUUAGCUGAAAGACGAAAGAGGUUGUUAUGAGGUAAAUGGUGAUAAUCUCAAACUUGGUUUUCAAAGUUAUAAGCUCAUCUGAUCGCGCAACACGUGUAUAUUUGUAUGUAUUAGAUUUUGAUAGGU